AUGGUUAGACUUAUGCACGGAUUUGGUUCUUCUGAAAUACUUUGCUUAAGAUCAGUAAUUUCUCUUUUGAUAAGCACUGUCAUAACUAGUUUACUUAAUCAUUCUCCAUAUACAAGUGAUAAAUAACUGCAUAAAUUACUUAUGAUGAGAUGUAUAAUAGCUGGUAUAGGUCAUUAUUGUUUUUAUCAAUCAAUUUACAUGCUUGAUGUUACAGAAUCUGUAACUAUAUCUUAAACGUCACCAUUUUGGACUACUAUACUGGCUGGUUUAAUUUUGAAGGAAAAGUUGAGGCCAAAUCUUUUCUUGACUCUGAUUUUUAGUUUUGUAGGUAUUCUUCUUGUAAUAUAACCUACAUUUGUUAAAGAAAUUCUGGGUAUAUAAGUAGAUAAGAAUUAAGGAGACUAAAGUGAAAGAAUGUAGGGAUUAAUUUUUGGUCUACUCUAGAGUUUUUCAAUAAGCACAGCAAUGAUAAUAGUAAAAAAAUUGAGUGUAGGUAUUUAAAAUACUAUAAUAAUACAUUAUGCAGUUCUUUCAACAGCUAUUAUAAGUGGUUUAGAUUUAAUUUAUAAAGGCGAGUUUAAUGAAAAAAUAUAUGAGACUGAAAACUUAAUUUUUGUUUUUUUUAUUGGAUUAACUAAUUAUUCGGCUUAAAUAAUAUAUAGUAGAGCGAUUAUGUUAGGACAGGCUUCUAAAGUAGGUCCUUUAACAUAUUCUUAAAUUUUAUUUGGGUUUAUCAUUGAAAUAACAAUAUUCCAUAAAGAUGUUAGUUUAUUAAAUAUAGCAGGUGCUAUUCUUAUUUUGAUAGGAAAUAUUGAGUCAAUUAAAGGAAAAUGA